UGCGUGACGCUACUCGCUGUUUCACCAAACGCGCACUCUGACGAUUUUCUUAGCUUUAAGUUUCGUGUAAAUUCGCUUCUUUAUCGUAAUAAAUAAUGUGAUGGUAAGAGAUAUGGAUUCAUAGUCUUGAAAAUUAUUAUAUAGACGAAAUUUUAGUAUUCAACUGGUAUUGAUUGGGAGGGAAAAGGCGAGAUGACUACCACCACAGCAACAAGUGUUCACGUCCGAACAGACUUUGGCACCACCGAAAUCACCACGCGAACAACAAUACCCCUGGUUUCCCACAUUAUUACGGAUGAAGACGUUGGGGCUUUAUCGGGAGUGAAAAUUAAACCAAUUGAUUUGAACAGAGCAGUGAAGUUACUGACUGAUCCACAUUGUUGUCAAUUAUAUGAAAGACAUGUCAACGCAUUAAAAAGAAUAGCUUCAAGGUAUCACCGAGGAUUUCUUAUGAGAGAUUGUGUUCAAGUUUUCAGAAUUUUAAAUAUUUGUGCCGACAGAAUCUCUGAACAAAAAUGUUAUAUCGAUGCAAUGUGUGAUAUUAUAAGAAUAUGCGGGCUUCCACAACUGAAAGAAAAACUGUCAGAUGAAAUAACAUACGAACAAAUUGUUAUUGAAUCGAUGUCACAGCUUGGGUAUUUAAUGAGAGUUCCUCACGCAAAAGUUCGACUUGCUAUUGCAGAUGCUUUAAUUAGCUUUUAUAAAGAAAGGCCUCCGAAUUUGGAACAAGUCAAGGGUUGCAAAUACACCAGUCAAGAAUUUAACAAGAAAAUAAUCGAGGGAAGUGACGUUGCUGAAACACUUGUGAAAUCACUCGGUCUACUUGAGGAGGAUAUUCCUGUCAAAUUGAAAAUAUUAAAAGUUCUCUUGACUCUCUCAUGUGAUUCAGAAAUCAACUGCCAACAAAUGUUGAAAUCAGAAGCAGCUUAUCAAAUUUGUUGUGACAUGAAUCAACAAGAGUCAUCAGGUUUUCUGCUUUUCGUUUCUGUCGAGAUUCUAUGGAAUCUACUCGAACAUGCAGGAGAUAUAGCUGGACCACAGUUGUGUAACUUGGAUUGUAUCAAUGCGAUCAAAGAAGCUUUUCAUACACUUGUUGUAAGUGGUUGUUCUGAUUAUGAAAGACAAUUGAGGAACGAUCUUCUUGUCAUAACAACUCUCAUUGCUCAACAUCCCUCAGCACCAAUUGUAGAAACCGGAUUUGCAAAACAACUUGUAUUAUUUGGAACAUUCUCUGAAGUGAAAAGCCACAAUCCCCUUGUCAGAAAACUCAAAUUAACGCAGAGUCCAGAAGAUAUGGAGUUCAAAAAACUACUUAUCAAUUUAAUGAUUGUUUUGAGCAAAGAUGGUGCAGCUGUCAGGUUGAUGUCAGAAGGGAAACUUUUACUUUCUUUAUUCCACUAUGUUCGUCCAAACGAAGACAAAUCACCACCCAGAGAAUGGUCGCCUGCACAAUUUGAAGAAUUACAACUUCAUGCCAUGUCUGCCCUCAGUACUCUAUCAUCCCUAAUGAUGGAAGACUACAUGGUGUGUCAAGGAAACACAAGACUCUUACUUCUUCUUGAAUGGUGUACAUCACAGGAUAAUAAUUUUUCUGGACAUGGAAAUUCUUUUCAUGGUGGUGGCGGUCGUGGUAAUAAGAAAGCACAAAUGAGAGGAUGCCUACGUCUUCUACGUGCUGUUGUUUCUCAUGGAAAUGAAUCGACCAAUCAGGAUUUAUGUGAUCAAGGGAUUAUAGGUCAACUUCUCAGUAUACUGGAGAACAUGUCUAAAUAUACUUCUUCUGAAGGGAUUAUAGACAUCGAAAUGCAAUGUGAUAUGCUCUACGUACUUUCAACCUUGUGUGAAAAUGAUCUGCAUAGAAAAGAAUUAUUUGGCUCACAGGGAGUGGAGAUGCUCAUCCAUUAUAUGAGAUCAAAUCCAAAAAAAGUAUCGAGUGGUUUAGGACACAAUCGACUCAUGCUAACUGUUGUUGACGCAAUCUGGUGUUGUUGUGUAGGAUGUUUUGUUACUGAGGAUAUCCUACUUGAAAAAGAAGGUGUUUUUCUACUCAUUGACCUACUCGAGACAUGUCCUCGUACAAUGCAUAACCUUAUUCUUGGUUGCCUCCUUGAAUUAUGUGAAAAUCCAAAGACAAUUCCUCACAUUCACACAUGGAGAGGAGAAGACGAUAUAUCAGCUCCACAUCUACUCAUACACAUGUGGAGACAAGAAGAACAAAGAAUUAAUGUGAAACGAGAUAUGAACGGAUGCAUUGCUGACGACUCAGCAGCAUUAGCUGGACAAAUGCAGCUUGAACAUGAGGUAGUUCCACAGCCACACACUGCUUCAUCACUCAGUAUUGUUGACGUUUAUGAGAAUCUCAGAGCUAAAGUUUAUGCCGUGUUUGCAAGACUUGGAUUCAGUGAUUUACCAGGGCUAACAACAGAAGAUUAUGUUACAUUGGCAGUGAUUGAAAAAUACCUGGAUUUUAAGGUUGGAGAAGUUUGGAAAGAAAUUUCAGAUGAAUUGAGAGUUGAAAACGUGAGGCCGAUAACACCUGAUUUGGAAGCAAUGGAAACAAUUGGUAGAGCUUCUGUAGAAAGAUCGAAAGGAGUCGCACUUCUACAAGCCGAAUUAUUAGAUGCAGAAAAUCAACAAAAUUCUCAAGAUGAAAAGCAACUUUAUGCAGAGAUAAAAGAGAAUUUCAAGCAAAAAGAAAGCUCGAUUCAACGGUGGUCUGACUAUAUAAAACGUACUUCUGAUCAUGAUUAUCUUGUCAUGUCGAAGAAAAAACUUGAUAAAUCAAUCGAAUCUUCUCGAGCUAAACCAAGAUAUCGUGACGAUCUCACAACUAGUUCUGUGAAACAUACAACACAUAUUACUGAUCUCAACACAACUACAUUCCAAGGAAGAAAUAUUCACAUUGAUAGCACUCCUGCUGAAAUGACAAAGCAUCACUUGAUGGAUAGCCUACUUCCAGCAGGAUCCUAGUCCAAAAAAAAAGAAUUAUGUUUUAUUUCUUUUUCCCCAUUUUUGUAAAUAAAGGGACCAGAUUUUAAUACUUUUAUAUUUUUAAUGUUGGUUAAAGGUAGUAUGUACGUAUUUGUAGGUGAUUAACAGAGAAAUUAAAUGAGUAUGUCCGUAUAUGGACUAAAAGUUUGAAGAUAUGUUGACGUCAUCUUGACAUCGGAACUAUUUUCUCCUUCUUAAUUUGUAAAAAUUCGGGUUAUAAGCAAUGAGUACAUAAUUCAUGUAUAGCAGAAAAGUAUUUCUUUGAAUAUAAAAAUAUACAGACCAGUUUUGAUUCACCUUUUUUUCUCUGUCUAUCUCCUACUUUAUUGAGGGUUUAUAUGAAUAAAUAAAAGUGAUCUCA